UAGUGAAAAUGAUUUUUCGCCAUUAUGUGAAGAACAGAAAUUGCCUGUUUAUAAAAUUCUCGAGGAAAUAAAUGCAAGCAUCAUGUCAAUGAUUUUUAAUUUAUAAGAGGUACAUCAGCUUAUCUUAUUAGAAGAGUCCUGUGACUGUCUACAAACGAACAGAACCUAAAAAUUUCAUAGAUUACUAUAUAACUAAAUUUUUUAACAUACUAAGGUAAGUGAAACAUCAUCAAUGAAAUUAACAAUACGAAACAUUUUGAUGUGAUGUAGUUUAAGGUCGAGAAAAUUUUACCGCCGAUCGCUAGCACGUAAUAUUCGCUAUUAUGAUAUGCAGAAUAUUAGUUGCAAAAACGGCUUGAACAGGGGUACAGACGCGAAGAUUUUUCACUCAAGUAGACAAUGUCAAGUAGCCAGCGAGAAAUUAACAAGUUUAUAUCAACAAGUGGCAGACCUGAAGGAAACAGUUAUAUCAUUAGAAAACAUAAUACAAUUAAAGGAUGUUCAGUUGCAAAAUAUGCAACGAGAUAAUGAUCGACUAUCGGCCGAAUUGAAGAAACAACAAAGAUACGCGAGGAACCUGAAACAGCAGUUGGACGAUGAAAGAUUCCUCUAUCAGAGAGAGAAGGAUUUCUUUGACAGUGAAAUGCAACGACAAAAAGUACGAUGUAGUGCCUCGAAAUUAUCUCAACGAAGAAAAGAAUUAGAAGUAGUACGAGAAUGUUUGGAAGACGAGAAUAAAUCGCUGCGAGAAGAAUUAAACGAAAAAGUGGAGACAACGUACAAUUUGUGUAUAAAGUUUUUGCGAAUGAAAUACGCUAAGGAUUCGUUGAGGGAGAAAUUUGAUCAAUUAUUGAAGGAGCAUCUAGGAGUAAUGUCGGAUAUGAUGGAGAAAUUAGACGAAGCGAGAGAAGAACUGAAUAUAAUCGUCUCCGAAAAAUUUCAAGAUCCUUUACCUUUGAGCAAAGCAAAAUUUUUGCAGGUGGUGCAACGAAACGCUCGACUAGUUCACGAAAAUGCGACACUCAAAGUGCAAAUACAGCAAUUGACGUUAAACAUUGAAAGAUUAAAUAACUGUAUGCAAAAAACGAAGUCAGUGAACGUAGACGCAAAAAUUAUUGCCAAACUAGCAGCGCAAAAUAAAAAAAGACGUAGCAAAGAAUUUACAAAAUGGCUACCGUUUCAUUUAUAUGAAAACGAAGUCGACAAAACUUUGUCACUUACUAAGUCGUCGAAUACUGAAAAUCCCGUUGAUUACUCUGGAGAUGGGAAAUUAGUGUCGAAAUUUCGAUCGAACAAUAUAAAAAAGUACGCGACUGCUGCGGUACAAGAAAUUCAAACUGAAGAAACACGGAAAUUGCGAACGGAACGUGCGCGCAGCGCACCAGAAAUUCGACUAGCGAAAGCACAACCAAGCUCAUCGGCGAAUAUUUAG